AUGCUCCGUCAUAUUAUUAACCAGAAAAGCGUCACUUCUAUCUUGAAAUCUGCUUCGGGAUGCUUCUCAUCCGCCCCAAAAGGUCAUGUUAUUGGUAUUGAUCUUGGGACCACCAACUCAUGCGUUGCGGUGAUGGAGGGUAAGACGCCCAAAAUUCUUGAAAAUGCUGAGGGUGCUCGUACAACUCCUUCAGUCGUUGCUUUCACUUCGGAAGGCGAACGUUUGGUUGGUGCACCAGCCAAGCGUCAAGCCGUCACGAAUUCCAAGAACACAUUGUAUGCCACUAAGCGUCUGAUCGGUCGCCGUUAUGAUGACCCUGAGGUACAAAAGGAGAAGAAGAAUGCUUCUUUCUCAAUUAUUAAGGCUGCAAAUGGCGAUGCCUGGGUUGAAGCCCAUGGCAAGGCUUACUCACCAAGCCAGGUCGGUGCAUUUGUGCUGAUGAAAAUGAAGGAAACAGCUGAAAACUACUUGGGAACUAAGGUCAAUAAUGCUGUCAUUACUGUCCCUGCGUAUUUCAAUGAUUCACAACGCCAAGCUACCAAAGAUGCUGGUCAAAUCGCUGGGCUAAACGUACUUCGUGUCAUCAAUGAACCUACAGCUGCUGCUCUUGCUUAUGGUUUAGAUCGUGUGGAAGACAAGACCAUUGCUGUUUACGAUUUGGGUGGUGGUACGUUCGAUAUCUCUCUUCUUGAAAUCCAGAAGGGGGUCUUCGAAGUUAAGUCUACAAAUGGUGACACUUUUUUGGGUGGCGAAGACUUCGAUCAAGUUCUGCUGAAUCACCUUGUUGAGGAAUUCAAAAAGGAGCAGGGAAUCGAUAUCACCAAAGACCCUAUGGCCCUCCAACGUGUUCGAGAAGCAGCUGAGAAAGCUAAGGUGGAACUUUCUUCUUCCAUUCAAACUGACAUUAAUCUUCCCUACCUCACCAUGGAUCAGAGUGGACCUAAGCACAUGAACAUGAAGCUCUCGCGUUCCAAGCUCGAAUCCCUUGUUGAUUCUCUCAUUAAGAGAACUAUUGGUCCAUGCGAGAAGGCUAUGAAGGAUGCUGGUGUUAAGGCCUCUGAUGUUGGGGACGUUAUUUUAGUCGGUGGUAUGUCUCGUAUGCCGAAGGUUCAGGAAACUGUUCGUAAGAUUUUCGGAAAGACCCCAAGCAAGAAUGUCAAUCCUGAUGAGGCUGUUGCUAUGGGAGCAGCUAUCCAGGGUGGUGUAUUAGCUGGUGAUGUCACGGAUGUGUUGCUUCUUGAUGUUACUCCUCUUUCUCUCGGUAUUGAAACCCUCGGUGGAGUGUUUACAAAGCUUAUUAACCGAAACACAACCAUCCCAACCAAGAAAUCGCAAGUGUUUUCCACGGCUGCCGAUGGUCAAACUCAGGUCGAGAUUAAAGUAUACCAAGGCGAACGUGAGAUGGCCAUGGAUAACAAACUUCUUGGUCGCUUCUCUCUUGUUGGUAUUCCACCUGCUCCUCGUGGUGUACCACAAAUUGAAGUCACUUUUGAUAUCGACGCCAACGGUAUUGUGAAUGUUUCUGCUAGAGAUAAGGGUACUGGUAAGGAACAGCAAAUUGUUAUUCAGUCCAGUGGUGGUUUGAGCAAGGAUGAGAUUGAGAAUAUGGUGAGAAAUGCAGAGCAGUAUGCAGCUGCUGAUAAAGAACGUCGUGAUAUGGUUGAGGCUAUUAAUCACGCCGAAGGAAUUGCCCAUGACACCGAGAGCAAGAUGGAAGAAUACAAGGAACAUCUUCCACAAGAAGAACGUGAGAAGCUCACAAAGCAGAUUGCUGAACUCCGCGAGACCUUGAACAACAAAGAUAAUUUGACCGCUGAGGGAUUAAAGAAGGCCACCGAUGAUUUGCAGCAAUCUUCUCUCAAGCUGUUUGAGAUUGCAUACAAGAAGAUGGCUGAAAGCCGUAACUCAGGUAGUAGUGGAAGCAAUGAGAACAAGGAAUCCAACCAACAAUAG